CUGUCAUUUCAAUGUUGUUUUCUCUACCGGCACACGAUUAGUUUCCCGAAUAAAAACAACACACCAAGUUGUGCAAAAAUCACAAAUUGUUUCGAAUUAAAAUGUCGCUAGCUCCAGCAAGUGGUACGGGAAGGUUUUGGGCUCGAUCAGCGAAAAUAAUACGCUUUGUUCGUCAAGGAUGCACCAACCGUCCCUUUUUCCACAUCGUAGUAAUGGAGCGCCGAAAAGAUCAAUAUCAACCGGUUAUCGAACAAGUGGGCACCUAUGAUCCGAUUCCGAAUGAGCAUGAUGAACAGCUAGUCUCGUUUAACUACGAACGCAUUCGACAUUGGAUAGGCAGUGGGGCGCACAUUUCGAAGCCGGUGGCGGAAUUGUUAGGAAUCGCCGGUUUACUUCCAGUUCAUCCUAAGACUUAUAUGACCGCAUGGCGAAACAGACAAAUGGCGGAAAAGUUGGCACAGAUUGAAGCAUUUAAAAAUGCAGAACAAACAGAAAACUCUAGCCACAGUUGAACAUCAUAAUCCUGGACAACAUCUACUCGUUCUUGUGCCUGUAGAUACACUAUAGAAAAAGUUUUCCUGUCGAUUUGAAUGAUAUGAAGCAUAGAAAAAGUACUUCAAACAACUAAAGAUUCGAUGUAGAAUAUGCUGUUUAAAUCUUCACAUUUUCAUACUAGUAAUAAACAAACAUUCAGUUACUCAA